GCGGCGGGGACGCGCCGGAAACUGCGCAGCAGCCGGGCGGGCAACAGCGUCGGCCGCGCCUGACACCACCGGCGGCCUCGAGGCGGCGGUCGGCCAGUAACGGCCGGCGAGUAACGGCCGGCGGCCGCGCGGCGAGAGCCCGCGCCUGUGCCCGCCAAGCGCACGUGGGGCGGGCGGCGCGGGAAGGCCGCUGAGGGGAGGCGGCCGCUGAGGGGAGGCGGCCGCUGGGCUGGGGCUGCGUGUGCUUCGCAGGGCGCCGGGGAGCGCGGCGCUGAGGGAUCCGAGGCACGGCGGCAGCCGGCAGUCUUACAUAGCACAUGAAGCGCGCUGGAUGUGGAUGAAAACACAGGAGGCCAUUUAGCCAUAGGUUUAUCUGAACAGUUGAGCACCUUUAGUUGUUGAAAGAAGGUCAGCAGCCAGCCCUCUUGGCCAGCACAGCCCUGGCAGCGGGUGAGCUGGCGUCCCAUGCCUGGGCCCUUCAUCUCCUCUGCCUUGGGUCAGACUGAGGCUCUGCCUACGCUGGGUCCCUUCCUCAAAUCCUGCAUCUCUUAGCUGAUGCUAUAAUAAACCGCACGAGUUUAGGCUAUAUUCUUACCACACUAAAUGGCAGUUGUUUUAGAAGGACUGAAUGAUUCGUCAACAAAACAUGUAGUCCUCAUCCCUUGUCAUACACACAUAAAAGCAUUUAAUAUGAGGAGGUUUAAGAGAAGUUUGACUGUAGAAGAAACUUUUCAAACAGCAGAGCAAUAACAUUGCACGCUGGUUUAUUUUCUAACUAAAUCAGUUUUAUUUUUGUUUGUCUUAGUCUGUGUUGGACUUCUUGCAGGAAAGAAAUUUGGGUUUGGUUUCACAUAAGGGAGAUGUGCAGUUCUGCCCAGCACUUAAAGGCUGUGUCUGGGUACUGUUUCACUUAGAGGAACACAUUUUGUCAGCAAAAUUGUAAUUUGUGGGGCAGGGGCACUGUGGUUUGAAUAUUUGUAGUUAUGACCUCAGAUAAAGAAAAAUUGAAUACUCUUGUAUAAAGAAUGGCUAGGUAACAAAUAAUACAAUGAACAUUUUUCUCACUUUUUUUUUCUCAGACAUUUGUUUGUUUGCUUUCAUCUUUUCAAUAUCCCCUUGAUGAAGGAAAGAAGACUUGUAAGGUGAUUUACAAGAAGGUUGUUUUUAAGUGUCCCUUUAGCCUUUAAACAAAGAAGAGAUGUUCACUGUAAUGUAAUCAGUGUUCUGUUACCUUCUUACUGCAGUUUUUAACUAAUUUUUGUUCAUAAGGUACUGUUUCACAAGGUACAGCUCCCUAUUAUCAAAAGGUCCAGGUCCCUUUUACCAUAAAAUCAUGCAAUGGUUUGGGUUGGAAGGACCUUUAAAGAUAAUCUAGUUCCAACCCCCCUGCCAUGGGCAGGGACACCUUCCACUAGACCAGGUUGCUCAAAGCUCCGUCCAAUCUGGCCUUGAAUGCUUCCAGAGACAAGGCAUCCACAGCCUUUUCGAGUGCCUCACCACCAUUAUUGUAAAUCAUUUCUUCCUUACAUUCCAUGUAAACCUGUCCUCUUUACAUUUAGAACCAUUGCCCCUUUUCAUGUCAUUACACACUCUGAUAAAAAGUCUCUCCAUCUUUCUUGUAAGCCUCCUUUAAGUAUUGAAAGGAUGCUAUAAAGUCGUUCCAGAGCCUUGUCUUCUCCAGUCUGAACAACCCAAACUCUCUCAGCCUUUCUUCAUAAGAGAGGUGUUCUAGCUCUCUGAUAAUUGUUGUGUCUGUCCUCUGGACCCUCUCCAACAGGUCCAUGUCUUUCCUGUGCUGAGGGCUCCAGAGCUGGGUGCAGUACUCCUGGUGGGAUCUCACAGAGCAGAGGAGAAGAAUCACCUCCCUUGACCUGCUGGCCACAUUUCUUUUGAUGUGGCCCUAGAUGUGAUUUGCCUUCUGGGCUGCAAGCACAUGUUGUCAGCUUAUGUCCAGUUUUCAUCCUUCUCUGCAGUGCCGCUCUCAACCCUUUAAUCCCCCACCCUGUAUUGAUACCAGGGAUUGCUCCAACCCAUGUGCAGGACCUUGCACUUGGCCUUGUUGAAUUUCAUGAGGUUCUCAUGGGCCCACUCUUCCAGCCUGUCAGGGUCCCUCUGGAUGGCAUCCCGUCCCUCCAGCAUGUCAACUGCACCACUUGUCUUGGUGCCAUCUGCAAACCUGCUGAGGGUGCACUCAAUCCCACUACCUAUGCCACUAAUUAAACAGUACUGAUCCCGGUACAGACCACUGAGGGACACCACUCAUUACUGUUCUCUACUUGGGACAUUGAGCAGUUAACUGCAACUCUUUGGAUGCAGCCAUCCAGCCAAUUCCUUGGCUAUCUAACAGUCCAUCCAUCACACUCAUAUCUCUCCAAUCCUUCACCUCUUCCUUGUUUUCUCUCUUCUGCCCUGUCAGCUCUGUAGUUUGUGUGACCUUUUCAUAGGCAAAUUAAAUUCACUAGAAUAGCAGAAAAACUUGUGCUUUGCUGAGUUUUCUGCCGUUUUGAGGGUUUAAUUAGCUUGUGGAAAGUUUGAUGAGGAUGUGAGCUGUCAGGGAAGAUGUGGGGAGAGAAAGAAAAGAGAGACCUCCUUAUUCUGCAGCAGCAAGCCAUUAGAUCAACUCAUUAUUCAAGGAAGCAUAACCAUAGCCUUAAUAAUUUACACCAGCUCCAUAGCACAUUUUGCAUUAGAUUUUUUUAGUAUCCAGGAUAAAAUAAGAGAAGUAGCAUAAAUGGUUUAAAACAUGACCCAGUAAGCUUGAAAACCCAUCCCUGUGUCCUUUCCCAUCUGUAGUGCAGAUAUUACAUGUUAUUUCAGUACACAGUACAGCAGUCUUUUAAUGGGCUGAUUUCUUGGCAACUGUUGAUUUGAUGCCCAAUUUUUGUACAUUGUGCAAAGACGUAAUCUUACAAAUACUGAAAUGUACAGGCAGACUGCUAGGUACCACACUGUCUGUCUAGUACUGGCAGACGUGUUGUAUUGGUGUAUUUGAAAUAAAACGACAAUUAAUGUAUUUUUUUAAUGUUUAUUAUAUUCAUAAGUGCAAAAAAAAUUUUACUCCAGUACUACAGUACUAUUGCUAGCUUAUGGUUGAGGAGGUAUUGUAUAUCUCAGAAUAGUAUUUAAGAUUUACAAAGAAGAGCAGAAGUAACAGAGAACAUAACUGAGAAAAAUACUUGCUUGCUUUUGGGGAGGGAUGACAGCAAGAACAGGGACUUGCGAAGAAAUACAUGUUUUACAGAACCAAGGCAUGCUCAAAAAAGAAUAACCUGUAGGCUGUUAGUGUUACUAACCCUUUUGAGUGUGUGUUGUAUUUAUGUGGUGAGAAAUUGCCUAGAGUUCCAGCCAUGUUAUCAUUGUAUUUUAUUUACUCUGGAGAGCUGAAACUCCUUCAGGCCAAGGAAUUGACUAAAAGUCAGUUAGAGACAUUUUCCUACUAGCUGUAGCACAGAGAGUAAAGUAAUGUGUUUUAGAGUGGUUGAUAUCUGCACAACUUGCAUAAAAAAAUCAAGUUCCUGGCUAGACUAAAUAUGUGAUAAUAGGGUUGAGACACAGUGCGACAGUGCUGUCACCACUGUGAAAAAUUGGAGAUCUUGCCUUUUCUUUAUAGUCCAACAAGCUUGUAUACUUUGAGCUAAUUAAUUAAGUUUUACCUUGAGUGAGCCCAGGACCAUGCAGUUUCUUGUACACCUUCCAACUCUACUGUGGAAACUAAACCUGUGCUCUAAAGCAUGUGGUUGAUAUUUUUACCUUCCAUUGCAACCUUUAGCUUUGUAAGUCAGGGUAUGCUGUCUAUACAUGCUCAGUAAUUCUGAAAAGUGCUGCAGAACACAUAGAAAAUAUCAAUAGGACACACCAUCAUCUCAUUUUGUCCCUCUCUUAAAUUGCCAUUGGGGACUAAUUUGAAAUUAUUUGUUAUAUUUUCCUACUGAGCUUUUUUUAUUCAUGCUCAGUUGGUUUUUAGCAUUCUAUCCCGUGCUACAGAAGGAUCUGCCCUUGCCCAGUAUUAUAAAUGGUUUUGGAUUGAACUGGUAUUUACACAGAUCUCCAAGAAUACCUUGGGAAAUGUCUUUUUUUUUUUUUUUUUUGAAAGGAACUUCAGUCUGAGUUAGUGUUGUAAUGUAAGGAAGAGGUGAAGGGACGUCAUGGUGUGGGAGGGGAUGUUAGUCAGUGGAAGUAAUGAAAAGGGAACAGUUGUGGCUGAAGGAAAGAUACUAUAAUACAUUGAUAACUUUGCAAUUCAACUUAAUUUCCUCCUGCAUCUUAAAGAGAUGUAUGUGUUCCAGUUAGUUCCAUUUCAAGUCAGCAGGAGCAGAAUUGGGUCCCUGUAGUUCUAAACCUCUGUGUUUUUCUGGCUGAUUCAAGGUGUAGUUAGCCUCAGAGCCAGGGAAGGAAUGAACUUAAGGAGCUGCCUUUUGAUAUGGUUCACACUGAAGCUGGCCUCCACAAAUGUGUCUGUGUAUAUAUGAGAAAGGCAAAACUUGGUCCUGAAUUUGAGAAAUCAUUUGAAAUAAGAGUACUCAAUGUCAAUUGUAAAAUAUGCAAUAGAGUUACAUAGCAGUGAUACUGUGGAAGAGCUUUAGUUUGCUAAGAAGUCUAUAACAGAAGCUUCCAAAAAGUGGUAGUAACAGCAGGAUGCCCUUCUGUAGUUAAAAAUUGUUACAUUUGCAGGAUAAAUUUUUAAUAGUCUAUUGUGCACUAAAUUCAUAAUUUUGAAUGAUGCAACAAUGGGAUUUUCUUGGUUGGUUGUUUCUUUAAUGUUCCUCCAUAGCCAUCUAUAACUGUAUGAGAUCUUAUUGCAGGCAUUUUUAAAGAAGUUUGUUCUUUCUGAGGGUUAGAUGCAGUAAGCUGAGAUGCCUGGGAAAGACAUCUACAUUUCUGUAAAGUAUAGUGCACUUGGAAAAUAGGUGAGACCUUGCACAGUGUAAAGAAUAAAUAAGCUUGCAAAUUCAGGGCCUAAAGCUGUUAAAUCUAUUAACUUAAAGUUUUGAGUUCAUAAAAUGCACUAGAAAAUAAGUAUUUUCAGUUAAGAAAAUACUCUUCUGAAUUCAUUCUCGCAGAAAAUACAGGCUGCAUUAUUGUUGGUAUAUUUUUUCCCCAAAUUUCUCUAAUUUUUCUUUAAUUGUUUUAUUCACUUCUUAUUUUUCAGGAGUCUUUGAAAAAUCCUUAGUGGUCAUGACAGUGUUACAAGUGACAUAAAUUAGCCAGUGGCUCAGAAUGAUGGAUACCCAGAAGACUACAAAUGGUUUGCAAGUGAUUGGAGAAGGGACUGGUAUAGGGAAAUCGACACUCCACAUGGUGGGGUAUUUGGGAAAAAACUGUAAUCCCGUGGAAACAACUGCACCUGAGUAUUGUCCGGUCUGCAAAAAGAAGGGCGAGAUUCAAGUUUUACGAACUUACCGCAUUAAUUUUCAGGAGUCCAUUUUUCUUUGUGGAAAUCCUCAGUGUAUCUACCCACUUGGUUAUAAACCAUUAAGCAGCAUAAUUACUUCUGCGGAUCCAGAAAAUCAUCAAGUUCCAUCUACUCAUAAGAAAAGGAAAUUGUGUGAUAUCACUGACUUUACUCCUGCUGAAUCAUAUCCGAAAAAAGCAAGAACUAGUAAUGUAGUAAAUACUGAGCACGCUAUUAAUACAGACCCUCUUGUCAAAUGCUAUCAGAAUAGCUUAUGUAUUCCUAAAUCAAGCCUACAAGAUGUGUUACAAAAUGACCAGAAAAAGACUAUUAACAAGGUGGAGUCCUGCAUCCAGAAGGCGGAUUUUGAAACAACCAACAACAACUAUGAAGGAAGUCCUAAGACUUCUAGACCAAGAACACAACUCUUGCCAAAUUCUGAACUUUGCUCAACAACGUCUGAAAUUUUGCUCAAAGCUGAUAAAGCUUCCACUGAUAGCACGGAUUUAUGGCUUCAGUGGAGAAAUGUGCAUAAUCUUUGUUGGUUAGAUUGUGUUUUGUCAGUACUGGUGCACUUAGAAACAUUAAAAUUUGCUCUAGCAGAAGAGCAUAAUGGUGGAAAAUGUUUACUCCAGAAACUCUUAACAAAAUAUAAUCAAGCAACUGUGCUUCUGAAUACCUGUAAAAGGAGUAAAGUAAAAGAUGUUCUUCCAAAAGCAGAAUCUCAUCUCAAUGAAAUCAGAAACAGAGUGUUUACACAGCUUCAGCCUCAGCUUAAAUGUGAAUUGGGUAAGGAGGAAAGUCCAGUGUUUGCACUCCCUCUACUCUUAAAACAGGACCAACAAGCUGAGAAACUAUUCUUGCAUUCAUUUUCAUGGAAGUUUGAAUGUGUAUGUUGUGGCUACAAAUACCAGAAUCGAUUUAGGAAAACACUAACAACAUUCACCAAUGUAAUCCCUGAUUGGCAUCCGCUUAAUGCUAUUCAUGUUGGACAGUGCAAUAACUGUAGUGAUAGAUCUCAAAGAAGACAGAUGAUUUUGGAAAAAGUACCCUCAAUAUUAAUGUUACAUUUCGUAGAAGGCUUGCCACAUAACAACCUGAAGAACUAUUCAUUUCGAUUUGAGGAGGACACCUACCAAAUAACAGCUAUUGUUCAGUAUCAAACAAAUAAGAAGCACUUCAUAACCUGGUCUUUGAAUCCCGAUGGAACUUGGCUUGAAUGCGAUGAUUUAAAGGGCCCAUAUUGCAAGAGACAUACAAGAUUUGAAGUUCCUCCUUCAGAGAUCCAUAUUGUUAUCUGGGAAAAGAAAACAUCCCAUGUGCCAGAAGAACUGAAUUCAGAGUUCCAGAGGAAAAGUACUGAAGAUUUUCCUCUUUAUAAUGUGCAGUCAAAUUCCACAGUGUUGCACUGUGGUUUUGAUAACACUGUAGACAAAAUACCUGCAGAACAUCACAAAGAGGAUUCUGUGACAACUCCAGAUAAGAAACAGCAGCAGAUAGCUGAGGAUGAAAGUAGUGUUCAUCAUGGUUUAGAAGGUCUGGCGCAUGAUGAUCUUGUAACACUAAUGCUUCAAGAAGUUCAGGUUGACUCAGAAGGUAAAUCACUGUCGAAUGGACAGAUGGUGGGAAAUAACCAUGUUGACGUGGGUACACCGCAACAGGGGGACUCAGCUUUUUCACCUAACACUCCGUAUACAGGAGAGUUUGCUGGAACUAGUCUAGCUGUGAACAACAAUUGCACGUUAUAUGGAAAUUCCAGCAUUUGCCUGCCUCUAGAAGAGUUUAACCCAGCAAAUAUUACUCCUGUGUCACCAGUAGAGAAUAUUAUGCAAAAAUCACCUGACUUGAAAGAUGCAAGCAAAAUUGUAGUUGAUUCUCAGGUUGCCAAUUCUGCUGCUGCCAAUAAUUCCUUUAAGCCUUCACGCAAAGACCAAAAAAGAGGAUUUGUGGGAAGCUGGGCAAAGAAGCUAUUAAGCAAGAAUACUUCUUUUAUGCCUUCAAGUGCCUCAGUUCUCAAGAAUGAGAGAAGUUGCAAAACUCCCUCAAGCCAAAAAAUAAGUGAAGUGCAGUUGCCAGUUAAGGGAGCAAGUAACUUUGGUGGAUUUCAAAGCAGAGCUACAAACAAAACCACUGAGACCCUGAAGUCAGUGGUUCUUCAGAGUAAUCAUACUCAUCCUUUAUCAAAUUUCAAAGGAUUUUCCCAAAGCACUUCUCUUGCAAGAGCAAAUCAUACCACUACUGAAGGUCCAACUUGGAAUAAGUCAGGAAGCGUGUUGGGUGCCCCAGGUAAAGUGACUCAGUUCCAUUCACUUAGCUGUAACUCUGGGAAGGCAGAGGAGUCAGAUAGUGAGAAAACAAAAAAACUUCGCUUAAAAUUGUUAAAAAAGCUUCAUGCUAAAAAGAAGAAGUUGGCUUCGCUGGAUAGGCUCGCAAUGGAACAGAUGAAACACGAAGAACCUGUGAGUGGAGAUGUACGCACCCCAUCACAGACUGACUCUCCCAAUGAUGGUGCAUUAUUGCAGAGCUUUUUAAGGGAACUCCAGUAUCAGAUUGAUGUUGCAGAUAAUGAAUCUAGAUUUAAUGCAAGCUCUGUAUCAGGGUGCCAUCAUAACAAUGAUGAAAUACUGGCAGAAUUACUGUCCCCUACUUCAACUGUUGCUUCCUUAGAGGCUCCAAAAACUGAAGAUGAAUGUAUGUAUAUGGAAAUGGUAAAUAGCAGUGUUGCAACAACAGCAUCUGAUGAGAAGACCAGUGUGCCACAGGCAGCAAUGACAAGUGAGGACCAUAAUUAUUAUAGUCCUGUAAAGGACAGUAAUCCAGAACUUCAUAAAGAAAGCAAACCCAGUGCAAAGAAACUUGGUUUUGAAAGUCCUACAAGGGAAGAUAUCCUUGAAGACCUGUUCUCCAUUUCAGCACCAAGCUCAGUGGCAGGUGACAUAGAUUUACCUCAUUUUGAUGAAACUCUGUUUGAAACUUGGUAAAUAUUUGGUUUCUUCGUUUUAAGUAUUUUUCAAUAUUAUGUAUAUUUUGAAACAAAGCACUAUUAAACUAUGUUUUUUAACUAAUUUAAUUGCACACUGGCUGUACUUGAACAAUUUACAUUUGAGGUAUUUUUUUGUUAAAAUUUUACUGUAGCAGACAAAUAAGGUUUUAAUGCAAUUCCUUUUUCUGAGAAAUAGUUAUUUUAGCUGCCAGAUAUGAUAUUUUUUAAUAAAAGUUCCUGUAAGUCUUAAUGUUUGCUGCUUUUAAUAUGGAAAAUUUAUCCAUAUUCUACUGAGUUUGACAAAUAAAAAACUUCAGUAGCCUUGAUGAUGUAACGGUGUAAGAAAUAUCAUUUAGGUAGCAGUGAUUUAUUUUACAUGGUCACCCAGCUCCUGAGGUAUUUUUGUCUCACACUGUAAAAAAAAAGUAUCUUCUGUAACCAGGGUUGUUUUCAUCCUUUGAUACAAAGAUGAUGUGCAACAUGAAAUUCAAGGUUGGUAUUCUGUUAGGAACUCUACUGUUUUCACAAUUACUGUUCAAUAAUCUCACCCUGAUGUCUACAUCCCUUGGAUACAAGGGAGGAUGGAUACAUGGUAGAAAUUUUCCUGUUUGAAGUUAUGGCACCUACUGAGUUUUCAUCCUGAGUAACUAAAAACAUCAUUUGGUAGCAUAUUCUUCUGAGCCAGGUUAUUUUUUCUAAGUAAAAUUAAUAAGGUUUCGGCCAGAGUUUGCAGCAUUAAGAAAGAAUGUCAGAUGUAACUUUUAGUUACUUAGAGCUGCAAAUUCGCUAAUAAAAGAAUUAAAAGUUAACUGUAAGUUAGCACCCAUUUCUGUUGUCACUAGGAAUUUUUUUCUGGCUGGAGCACUGUACACCUCUCCGUAUGUGAGAGUGCCAUGGAGAGCAAGGUAAAUAGGAAGAAAGUAAUGGAAAAGGUGGCAAGACAGCAGUAAGCAAGCAGAGGGUGCUUCUGGAUUUGUAGAGUUCUUGUUCUGCUUGAUGAGUGUAUUCUAAGUUCAUAGACACAAAGGUGAGAGUAUGAUAUGCUAAGUUAGAUUAGCUGUACAUUUUUAUUGUGCUCAGAAAUAACAAGGAUUUUAUCAGCAUGGAUUUUUUCAGCUACUUUUAGAGGUAUCCUGCAUUUUUUCAUUUUUUCAUUGUUUAAGAUCCCAGGUUCAAAACAAGUCCUCAGUCUUACUCUUCUAAUAGGUGGAGUUGAACAUAAUUGAUGUUACAAAGCAUGGCUCCAGAUUUAAAUGGUCUUGGAUUGCUUGAACCAGGUUCAAAAAGUGUUUGAAAAACUGUCAGUGGCACUGAACUUGCCUUGCCACGCUAUUUCUGUUGCAAUUACGUACAUGUUUAUCAAACUGGUACUUCAGACAAUGAAUGGUUUCAUUCUUGAAAUAUAAGUCUUUGUAAAGAACUUGAACUCCUCCUUUGUUUUAAAUGUUGUAAUUGGUUAUGUUACAAUAGAAAAAAAAUCAAUGGAUUCUGAAUGCAAAGUGCCAGUGUACUGCUGGUGAAAUGUUUGCCUGUUUGUGAAUUCCUUUAUUAAAAAAGAAAAUGCUGACCAAAA